AUGGACCAAGAAGAAUUCAGAGAAGCGGCUCACCUUGCCGUUGAAGAUAUAAUCAAAUACUUCAACACCAUCGUCUCCAAGAGAGUCGUUCCCGAUGUAGAGCCAGGGUACCUUCGUCCUCUUCUUCCCACAUCGGUUCCCAAGGACCCAGAGCCAUGGAGCAAGAUACACGGGGACAUCGAGUCCAAAAUCAUUCCAGGACUCACCCACUGGCAAUCGCCAAAGUUCAUGGCUUUUUUUCCCUCUUGUGUGACUUACCCUUCCAUCAUUGGUGAAAUGUACUCGGCCGCCUUCACCGCGGCAGCUUUCAAUUGGCUGUGCUCUCCUGCAUGUACGGAAUUGGAAAUUGUCAUGAUGGACUGGCUGGCACAGGCAUUGGGACUACCGGAUUGCUUCCUUAGUGCUGCGUCAUCAAAAUCUGGGAAGAGCACGGGUGGUGGUGUUAUCCAGGGAAGCGCCAGCGAGGCUAUUGCAACCGUCAUAGUUGCCGCUCGUGAACGACAUGUCCGGGCUAAAGCUGCAGCGGAGGGGCUGGUUGAAGACACGCCAGAGUGGGAAGAUCGCAUUAUGGAACUACGCCCACGCCUUGUCGCACUGGCCAGUGAUCAGGGACACAGCUGUACAGCUAAGGGGGCCCGGAUUGCAGGUGUUCGAUACCGGGCCAUCCCGACGCGACUAGAAGACAACCUGGAAUUGACCGGGGAUGCGUUGCGCAAGGUUCUGGAACAAUGUGCGAGAGACGGGCUUGAACCUUUCUAUUUAACAGCUACAAUGGGCACAACCAAUUCCUGUGCCAUAGACCGGCUUGCGGAGAUCAAAGCUGUGCUAAAGGAGAAGGAAUCAUGGCAGAACAUUUGGGUGCAUAUUGAUGCCGCAUAUGCUGGGUCCGCGCUUGUGGCGGAGGAGUAUCAGUACAUUGCGAAGGAGUUCGCAGAAGGCGUCGAUAGUUUUGAUAUGGAUAUGGCAAAGUGGCUUCUAGUAAAUUUUGACACUAGUUGCCUCUUCCUUCGCAAUACAAGCGACCUCACCAACUCUCUGGACAUUGCGCCCGCCUACUUGCGAAAUCCAAGCACGCUUACUUCCCCAGUGACUGACUUUCGCCAUUGGCAAUUUUCACUUGGGAGACGCUUCCGCGCACUCAAAGUGUGGUUUGUCAUGCGUUCGUACGGGCUUUCUGGCAUGAAAGCACAUAUCCGUAAGGGGGUAAACAUUGGCCGCGUCUUUGUUGAUCUCGUUAGAAGCCGCGAUGAUAUUUUUGAGGUCUUUACAAAGCCGGCCUUUGGAUUGACGGUUGUCAGAAUUAAGGGAUUGGAUGAAGUUGAUCCAAACAGUGUCCCCGUGCAAAACGGUGUCGCUCGCAAUACCUUGACCAAUGGCACGACCAAACCAGCAUUCUCUUCAGGAGCUAUUACUCGGAAAGUUUGCGAAACUAUCAAUGCCCGAGGAGAAAUAUUCCUGACAUGUACGGUAAUCCACGAGCGCCCGGUCAUCCGGGUAGUAAAUGGAAAUACAAUGUCAGAGGAGAAAUAUAUGCGACGUGCAUUUGAUAUCUUGGUUAGUGUGAGUGAAGAGGUCCUGGCGGAACAGAGACAAAGCAGGGCUGUGAAAAACUAG